UUCAACAGGAAAUGUCCUCGCAAAACAAAGCUGGGUAAUGAUCGGCACGCACAGUAGUGAGUGUUGGAUACAGGAUCAGUGCAAACACUCUGCUACAGCACAUUUACAGCGAGCUGGCAGCGUCCGUUACCCGCGCUUCUUCCUACUAUGCUUUCCACAAACUCUCCAAAUGGAUACAGUGUUGCCCGGUAUUUCUUGCUUUGGUCGCUUGUGCCCCUCAUCACUGCAAAGGGAAAUGAUGCGGAGAGUCCCACAAAGAUCCGUGAUGCUGACAAACCUCCCUCUGAGAAUCAACUCGACUUGAGAGAAGUGGUGUUUGUCAUUCAGAGCCAGAGGAACUCUUUCCAUGUGCGGCAGGCGGAGAAACUCAGAAAAGACCUUCUGCUGCAGACACAAGCUCUUCACGAGAGUCCCCCUGUCAUCCUGCUCCUGCACACACUGUCAGAAAAUGAGGGAGACUGGAGCAUUCUCCCACUGCUACCUUACUUGUCAUCACAGUUUGGCAAGAACUCGUCUUGGAUCAUGUUUCUAGAGGAGGACACCAGAGUGAAACUCCAUAAACUCCAUGAAGUCCUCAAAAAAUUUGACCGCAGAAAAGAGUGGUUUCUUGGCAAGCCUCUACAUGAUGAAGAGUCUACUAUCAUCCAUCAUUAUGCCUUCUCUGAGAACCCUGCGGCUUUCGAGUACCCAGACUUCUCUGCUGGAUGGGCGCUUAGCAUCCCUCUUGUCAACAGGUUGACAAGCAAAAUAGAAGAGGAGCCUUUAAAAUCAGACUUCACCAUAGAUCUGAAACAUGAGGUGGCGCUGUACAUCUGGGAGGAGGGCAAGGGACCUCGUCUGACAGGGGUUCCAGAGCUUUGCACGCUGCCAGAGCACAAUCCAAGAGCUCAAUACUGUGCCACGACUGUCAGCAGCCAUUCACCAGUUUGUGGCCAGCCUGUUAAGAGCGACAACAUUUUCGUAGCAGUGAAAACUUGCAAAAAGUUCCAUUCUGAUAGAGUUCCUGUGGUGAAGAAAACAUGGGGUAAACAAACAUCUCUGCUGGAGUAUUACAGCGAUUAUGCCGAUCCCUCUAUACCCACCGUUGAUCUGGGAGUGCCAAACACAGAGAGGGGUCACUGUGGGAAAACAUUCGCCAUCUUGAGGAGGUUUUUGAGCAGUCACGUUCCCAAGACCGAUUGGCUGUUGAUUGUAGAUGAUGAUACUCUUAUAAGCUUGCCCAGACUGCAGGCCUUGCUGAGCUGCUAUGACUCCAGUGAGCUGGUGUGUCUGGGAGAGAGGUAUGGGUAUGGACUGGGUCAGGGAGGAUACAGUUACAUCACUGGUGGUGGGGGGAUGGUGUUCAGUCGAGAGGCUGUGGUCCAGUUGUUGGCCAGCGGCUGUAAGUGCUACAGUAACGAUGCUCCUGAUGACAUGGUUUUGGGCAUGUGUCUCAAUGCUCUACGAGUUCCUGUCACACACAGUCCCCUCUUCCACCAGGCUCGUCCAGAAGAUUACGCAAAGGAGUUUUUGGCCCACCAGAUCCCGAUUUCCUUCCACAAACACUGGAACAUUGACCCUAUUGCAGUGUUUAACAAGUGGCUGAAGAACGACAAACACACAGAAGGGCUACAGAAAAGCACUAAGGAGGAAUUAUAGUGUCUGUGUUUGUGUGUGGGAGUAGUGAUGUGUCUGUGUCAUUACACGUCAUUUAUUAUUGUAUGUUUUCUAUAUUGUGAAUCUUGCACAAACAUGAAUGAAAGGGUGCCUUCUGGUCUGAAUGAAUGUCCUAAACUGGGAGUUGCAUGUCUUAAAUGUAUGUCUGAAAUAUUUAUAUUACACGAUUAUCACAACCUGUUUGAGGUUAUUUGUAGAUUUAUUUUUAAACACUUUUGUUUUCUAAAAGAUUUGAAUUAUGUGUGAAUUAUAAUAUUGGAAUUUAUGAUAAACUAAAUCCUGUUGCCUUAAAUCUGUUUUUGCAGUGUCCUUUUUUUAGUACUAAACACAAAACCAGCUGCAUCUCAUAACUAAUGAGACUGUCACGAACCGGUUGUGAUGUGCCAUUAUUUUCGGCCCACAAGGAGCCAGAAAUGGUCAAAAAAAUAUAUAUGAUGAAUCACUAUGAGGAACAGUAUUAUCUAAAAGUUCAUGUUGUUUUUCUUGGCUGUUUUGAAAAUAAUGUGAUGUAGAUGUUAGAGAAUGUUUCCAUGGUAGUGAAGAUCCCAGCCAUUCUGAAUAGAUUAUUCACUGAGAUAAAACUAUAUGCAUGAUGAUUGUUCAGAACAGUUUUCACAAACAACAUCUGCGAAGUCAGGUGGUUCAGCCUAAAAUUAACUUGCAGUUACACUAAUUUAAAUUUAAGGUUAUUUUAAGUAACUCUCAAAAACUAAUCAACAAAUGCUGAUUUCAAUUUUUGCUCCUUCGGAAAAGCAUUCCGAAAAAAAUGUUUUCCCUAUUAACUCUGAUAUACAACAACACAGAGUGUUCUAAUCAGUGUCGCUACUAAAUGAAAAUUGAAAUUAAGCUUAGGAAUGUCUUAAUUAAAUUGAAUAAUUCAUUUUUCAUAUUUUGUUUAUCAUGAAUAAAACAUCACUAGAUUAAAUAUCCUGUUUCAGCUUGUCUGUUCAGCAAUUUAUCUGAGCUGUGGAUUACUCAAAAUGACCCUACUGAAUUAAAACCCACACUGAUGUGAAAUUAAUCUGUUACCGUUUGCUUGGAGAAAAGACUGAUAAGCUUAAUGGAGUAAAUUUAGAGGUCUAUGUCCGACUCUUGU